AUGGGCUGGAGAAGAGUAUUGAAAUCAGUACAGGCACUAGGGGCACACUGUCUUCUCUUUUCUUUCACUCUCUUCCUCGCCCUCAAGCUUGAUCACGUCAUCUCCUACUCUUGGUGGUUAAUUUUCUUCCCACUCUGGGCAUUCCAUGCAGUUGUUGCUCGAGGAAGAUUUUCGUUACCUGCUCCAUCAGUUCCACGUAAUCGUCAUUGGGCGCCGUGCCACGCAGUCGUUGCAACACCAUUGCUUAUUGCGUUUGAACUUCUUCUUUGUAUAUAUCUCGAAAGUGUUCAUGAGUUUCAUUUUUUCGACAGAAUGUGCAAGGCUCUAAUGCCAGGAGAAGAAGAAAGCAUUAGUGAUGAAGCGAUAUGGGAAACAUUGCCUCACUUCUGGGUUGCAAUUUCUAUGGUUUUCUUUGUGGCUGCUACAGUCUUUACCCUACUAAAGCUGUGCGGUGAUGUGGGUGCACUUGGCUGGUGGGACUUGUUUAUAAACUUUAGCAUUGCAGAGUGCUUUGCCUUUCUCGUUUGUACUAAAUGGUCUAAUCCAGUGAUUCAUAGAAAUUCUCGGACAAGAGAAGUUAGUUCAUCUUCAACGACAAUUAGAUAUCUUGAUUGGAAUGGUGGCCUAAUGAUUUCUCCUGAAGAGAAUCAACACCAGGACAGAAUGUGCGGUCUGCAAGAUAUUGGUGGCCAUAUUAUGAAAAUUCCUUUAAUUGGUUUCCAAGUUCUCCUUUGUAUGCAUUUAGAGGGAUCACCUGCUGGUGCUAGAAAUAUACCACUUCUGGUUCUUUUCUCUCCGCUUUUCCUAAUUCAAGGUGCUGGCAUGUUAUUUGCUGCUUCUAAGUUGGCCGAGAAACUUAUUCUUUUAUUACGGAGUGAAGCUGGCACAGGAAGAUAUUUUAGAUUUUCCUCAAGAGCUCAUGACUGCUUGGGGUUCUUGCACCAUGGUUCCAGGUUACUGGGCUGGUGGUCAAUCGAUGAGGGAAGUCGAGAGGAACAGGCUCGAUUGUACCAUGGGGAAGAUGCUGGUUAUAAUACUUUCUGUGGUUAUCCUCCUGAGAUAGUGAAGAAAAUGCCUAAAAAGGAUCUUGCUGAGGAGGUGUGGAGGCUUCAAGCAGCUCUUGGUGAGCAGACAGAAAUCACCAAAUAUAGCCAGCAGGAGUUUGAAAGACUUCAAAAUGAAAAGGUUCUAUGCAGGGUGUGCUUUGAGGGAGAGAUCAGCGUGGUUCUGCUCCCCUGUAGACAUCGUAUCCUUUGCAGCACCUGCUGUGAGAAGUGUAAAAAAUGUCCAAUUUGUCGUGUCUCUGUUGAGGAACGCUUACCUGUGUACGAUGUUUAG